CAGACGUAGUGAAAGUGAAAGAGUGCUGAGUCUUUUCCAGAGAUCAAACAAGUGAAGGUGCUGGAGCUCUUGGGCAGGAGCAGACAGGCCUUUUUUUCCACUUUUAACAGCCUUUUUCAGAGGGUAAAGGAGGAUGGAGAGCAGCACCAUUCCCAGAGGGAGCCCCUUGGCCAGCGCAUGGUGAGGGGUGGUGCCCUACUCACUGAGGUGGGUGAGCUGGCCCGGAGCUCCAUCCUGCAGAGCUGCUCACCUCCACUGCACCCACGCUGGAUUUCCUGCGGCACGGAGCUGCUCUCAGCUUCUGUGGGUCACACCUGUGCUAUCCCAGCUUGCUGUGGAGGGAUCACUUCUGUCAGUACUGGGUGAUUGCCAUCAACCAGUUUGGUAAACCUCCUGUUGAAAGACCAGAUAAAUAGAUAUAUGGAGUUAGACACCAGGAGUGUGACCUCAGAACCAGCCUCUCCACUGAACAGCCCAGGGGAAGAAAAGAUGGAGGUUACUUCUGAACUGAGCAGCUCAGAUGUGCAGAGCAGGGACAGUGGGUUCUUUGAAAGAGGUAUUAAAACAAUGUUAAGCAUCCGGAAAUCAAAACGAAGUCUGAAAAAAGAGAGAGGGAAGGAAGAUACAGGCACUUGGAAUGCAAAAAGAAUUCUGCAAACACUCAGGAGCUAUGAGGAGAACAAACCCACGAUCUGCAAUAGCGUGGAGAAGGCUGGUGAAAUAUGUGAGCCUAUUGAAGCAAAGCCUCUUUCAGUAAUGGAAAUCAAUGAACUUAUUCAAAAAAGACAACUUUUGGAAGCAUUUGCAAGUAUCAAGUUAAUGGAAGAUGAGACUAUCUCUGAACGGGAUUCUGAGAAAUACAGCGAUAACCCCCAGGAGCUCGUACGGAAAUCCAAGGAUGUGGAUUUGCUUUACAGCUCCAUCACAAAUGCAAUCAAGUCCAUAGUGGAGGGAACACUGGAGGAUCCCACUUUACAGCAUACCAUGCUCACCUCCAUGGUGACUUUAAUUGCCCUUGAAGAAGCAGCUCAUUCCAGCACAGACAGUGCUGCUCGUCCUGGGUCAGAUUUGCUUGGGAGGCCCAGAAAGUGGAGGGAGCAAUGGAGGGAAGCUAUCAAUGAGAGUGCAAGAAAAAGAGUCCUGAAGGUACCCAUGGCAUCAAGGGAAGAAGCAACUUCUUGGCUUGAUCUCCACUUACAUUUCCUCCAGGAACACCUGAGGGAAGAUUUACUGAAAAUCAAGUCAUCAGUAAAAAAAUGCUAUCCAGAGGAGUAUCAGGUGUGUGACACAUAUGUGGAAGCUUUUCACAAUGCCAUUGCCUCACAUUUGCAAGAACUCUCUCAAGGACCACUGGAUUUCCAUGAGCUCUACACUUUGCUUGACUGGGUGGCCAACACCUACCAGAGUGAACUCUUUCUGGGCCAUCCUCAGCUCAAACCAGAGGUUAAGACAGAAAAUCUGUCCUUGCUGUUAACACCAGCUGAUUGGGAUAAACUGAAAAAUGACUACAUCGCUUCUGCAAAGGGGAAAAUCAAAAGUUAUUUUGGAAACAUCCUGAAACUAGAGGUCACGGAAAAGUGGGAGAAGGAAGUGCAUUUAGAAGAGAAGGAAAACCUCUACCACGCCUCACUCUCUUUAGAUAUUCAAACGAUCAUCGGGGAGCACGUGAAGUUAUCUGGAGCUAUCAGCAGAAGCCUGGAAACAAAAAUGCUUGAGUUGUGCAUGGCAGAGCUCCUUGAAUUCAUACCAAGGUUUGAGCAGGAGUUCAUGGCGUGGAGCACUGCCCAGGACAGCCCCAUCUUUGUGCCCUAUCUUGUUGCCUACAUCAACAACUUCCAUGACCUGGUGUCAGGGUUGGAAACAGCGUUUAAAGUCAAUACUGAGGAACUGCAGAAGAUUUUGGCAGCUCUGACAAGGAACUUCACAAAUAUUUUUUUAACAAAAUUAAGAACAAAAACACAGCCACUCCUUAAGAAAAUCCUGACCAAGAACUGGAUUUUGGCAGUGGAAAGGCCGGACUCUCUGGCAUCAGCAGUCUCGCAGUUCUCCGCGCACCUGCAGCACAUGAGGGAACCCCUGGGACAGGAGCUUCUACAUGAAGUUCAUAAAUAUGUGGUGAAGGAAUAUGUCACACAGAUCAUCAAACCCAGAUGGAAAAUGAACAGGGAGACACGUCAGCAAGUGAGCAGAAAGAUGAGCCUGGAAGCUGCAAUCAUUCACAGUUCACUCAUUGAUCAGGGCUCCCAUGCUGACUGGCUCCUCCCCGUCAUAGAUCACAUUGCCAGUAUCAUUGGGGAGAAGAAAAAAGACAAAAUCAAGGCAUAUGUCAAGGAGCUAUGCCUGGACUAUCCAGAUAUCAGGAAGGAGCACGUCCUGGCCAUCCUGGCGCUCCGGGGGCUGGGCCGCGCCAGGAGAGCGGCGAUUUUUCGGCAAGUGCACCAUACACAGGAGAGCUCUGAUGGAGGGAAGGGUGGCACACUCUUCACUGAAAUUGAUGUUCCAGUAAUCUGCAGCUGCUUCUAACACAGGACCAAAGUCAGCAUCCUGCCUCCUCCUACACUGCCUCUACACAUGAUCCAAAAUCUGCUAACUCACCUUGCUCCAAUGCAAAUGCAAAUUUUUGACUGCUGUAGAGAAAGGAGUAGUUUCUUGAACCCAAAGCUCAGACCCCAAAGACAAGAAAUGCAUGAAGACACCAACAUCCUGUAAGAACUUCUGGGCAGCAGCUCCAGCCAGGCAUGGCGUCCUCUUCAUGUUCCAUAUGGAUUCUGUUGCUAGGAGGCUGCUCCACUGUUUGGUACAAGAUUAAAUAUAUUUUCAAAGAACAGCAGACAACCAAAA